AUCUCUUCGGGUCUAGAAGGGCCUGGCAAAGUAACGGAAUAAUUCAAAUUUUAGAGAAGCUUUUAGUCCUCAUGCUGGGAUGGCAGAAGAUAAACCUGAUGUUAAAAGCCCCAGGGUGGGGGCAAGGCCCCAAGGUGGUGCUGACACUGGGGAACCUACCACCCUUCUUCAAAGGCUCCGAGGUACCAUUUCCAAGGCCGUGCAGAACAAAGUCGAGGGAAUCCUGCAAGAAGUACAGAAGUUCUCUGACAACGACAAGCUCUAUCUCUACCUUCAGCUCCCUUCAGGGCCCAGCGUUGGCGAUAAAAGCUCAGAGCCGAGUAUACUUAGCAAUGAGGAGUAUAUGUAUGCCUGUAGGUGGAUCCGCAACCACCUGGAAGAGCACAUGGAUACCUGUCUGCCAAAGCAAAGCGUCUAUGAUGCCUAUCGAAAGUACUGUGAGAGUCUUGCCUGUUGCCGCCCACUCAGCACAGCCAACUUCGGCAAGACCAUCAGAGAGAUCUUCCCUGACAUCAAGGCCCGAAGACUUGGUGGUCGGGGCCAAUCCAAGUAUUGCUACAGUGGCAUCCGAAGGAAGACCUUGGUGUCUAUGCCACCAUUGCCUGGACUUGACUUAAAGGGUUCUGACAGUCCAGAAAUGGGCCCAGAAGUAACCCAAGCACCUCGGGAUGAACUGGUAGAGGCAGCCUGUGCCCUGACUUGUGACUGGGCAGAGCAGAUCCUGAAACGAUCCUUCAGUUCCAUAGUUCAGGUCGCCCGCUACCUACUACAGCAGCAUCUCAUCUCUGCCCGAUCUGCACAUGCUCAUGUGCUUAAGGCUGGGGGGCUUGCUGAAGAGGAAGAGCGAGCCCCUCGGGAACGGUCGUCAUGUAAAUCCAAGAAUGGCGUGGAGAACCUGGAAGGUGGAGGCCCCAAAAAGCCAGAGAGACCAGCCCAGCCUCCUAAGGAGCUAGAAGCCCGAGCUGGGACAGACACCCCAGGACGUGGAGAACGGAAGAAGGGUGUGAUCGACAGCUCAGCUCCCGCAGCCAGUAAGCCACAAGUUAAUGCCCUUGUGGCCCGACUGCCUGUGCUCCUUCCCCGAGCACCACAACCUCUUAUUGCACCCAUUCUGGCUUCUAAGCUUUCUUCAGGCACUCUGAAAGUAGCUACAUUGCCUCUGCCCACUAGGGUUGGGGGACCCCAGGCAGCUGUGCCCAUCAUUAACAUGAUCUUACCACCUGUUCCUACUUUGUCAGGGGCUGGGGCUAGAAUUGGGCCUGGGCUUGGGCCAGGACCAGGGCCUGGGCUUGGCCCUGGGCUCGGGGCUGGGCCUGCACCUGGGCCUGGGCCUGGGCCUGCACCUGGGCCUGGGCCUGCGCCUGCGCCUGGGCCUGGGCCUGCGCCUGGGCCUGCGCCUGGGCCUGGGCCUGGGCCUGGGCCUGGGCCUGGGCGAGUUCCACCCAGGACACUUCUUCUGCCUCGAGGCACAGAGAACAGGGAGGUAGUGAUAAGUGGUGACCCACGACCCCAUGACAAGGGUAUCAAAAGGACAGCAGAAGUGCCUCUGAGUGAGGCCAGUGGGCAGGACCCACCGGUUAAAGAAGUGAAGCAAGAGGCAGAGGCCACAGUGAGUGAGGCAAAAAGGAAGCGGGGACGCCCUAGGAAAAAGCCAGGCGGGAGUGGGGAGAGGCAUGCUACUCCGGAGAAGGCUGCUGGGAACUCUCCCCGGUCUCCGAGGUUACUCUGGGGCUCCAAAGGAGAAAACAGCUCAGUUGGGAGACCAGAAAGACUAGGGCCAGUGGGUGAUGCCAAGCAGGAAACAGUGUCUACUCAAGGUCAGGAAGAUGGAGCUGUUUCCAAAGGAGAAAGGAGCCUGAGUUUCCAGCCAGCCAAAGAAGCAGAAGAUAAAAUUCCUCCCAUCACCUCAAAAGUGAGUGUUAUCAAGGGCGGCAUUCCAAAGGAGGCCCUUUCGUUGGUAAAGGGAGAGGCUGCCAUCACAACACAGGGUAACCAAGGGUUAAAGGGUCGAGGACUUCAGAGUUCCCUAACCCAGGAGCAUAAAGACCCCAAAGCAACACCCCCAUGAUAGAUAGCUCUGUGGGGAAGAAUAGCUAUGUUCAUUUGAGCUCAACCUGCCUGCCUGAAAGAGGCCCUUCACUGCACCUGCCUCUCAUUCAGCUAGUCUUUCCCUAAAGGAGCCCAUUGGCCUGGCUUGUAUAGUGCCUGGUAGCUGCUUCAGACCUUUCCAGCUCAAUACCUUGGCUUUAAUACAACCAGUAAAUUAUAAUGACCUUCCCACCUAGAUCCCUGUGCUCUCCUGGGGGAAUAGAGCUAGGGUAAAUGUGAAUGUAGGUUAGGGAUAUUCUGGCUUCUAAUCAAUAGAAAACUUAGAACUCACUUAAGACAAAAGCUGUUAAUUGGCUUAUGAAAUUGGAAAGUCAAGAGGUAGUACUGGCUUCAGGUGAGGCGUGAUCUGAUUGCUCAGUUCGUUCUCACGGCUUCACCUAAUGUAAAAUCAUCCUUAGUUUGGACCAUUCACAGAUGCCAGCACUCCUAGGACUGCGUUUGCCCAUUUUAUAUCUAAGCAGAAAGAAAGGGUAUCACUAUGCCAGGAAUCCUAGCAAAAGCCCAAAGAUUUACCAUGAUGAAACCAGCCUGGGUCAGGUCUAUCCUUGACCAACAAGUGUGGCCAGGAAGAUGUUUAUGCUAAUGUGUUUAUUAUAUACAUCAUGGACCAGCUUUGGAAAAAGGGUGGAAUCGGCCUUCUCACACCACAGACUCCCCAGAUGGAGACUUGGGGAGGAGGGUGGAGAGUUGCUGCUGGAAGUGUGUCUUAGCUGGCUAAGCUCAGGUGAGCUAGACUGCUGCCUUUCCCUGAGCCUUGCAUUUCUCUCACUGUGGUGGUGACAUCUUAUCUCAUUGUAGUCUGGGAAGGACAGAGAAGGAAGCAUUCUCUUGAGAGUCUUACUUCUCCUGACAACUUUUCCACUGACUCUGGGUCUCACUCCCUACCAGGAAAGCUAGCCCAUGGCACUUGAUUCAGUCUGCAGCCACCAGGUGUCAGUCCCUUGUCAGGACCGGAUGGGGUCAGGCUAGAUUAGCCGAGGAGGUGGUACCGAUUCUGUAAGUUAGGGAGCACCAGGGGACAGAUCCAGACACUCCAGAUGUAUCCUUGGGGACAGCAGGAAACCAGCCCAUAUUAACUGAAGAUGAACUCUGUCCUCUCCACUGGAUAGCUUCUUGUCAGGGAAUCUUGGUUUUUUUCCCAAGAAAUACAGAUUUUCUUUCAGGGAGGUAACACCCAUUUGUCCAUUUAUUUCCACAAGAGCAGAUUUUUUUUAAAUUAUAAUAAUAUUUGAUAUCUAUAAAGAAAUAUUUACUAUAAAUUAUGAAAUGCAGUGAGUACCUAUAACCCAUCAUUCAACUUAAACAUUAAAACAUUAAAAAUUCUAUUAGGUUAUGCCACCUUUCCCUGCCUCUUCUUAGAGGUAACCGCUGUCUUUAAUUUUAUGCUCAUUAAUCGCUUGUUUAUGUAUAUUGGCCAUGUGUGUAUAUAUUCUUUAAGAAUGUAUUAUUUCGUUUUGCUUGUAUUUCAGCUUUACAAAAAUGUUGUACUCUGUUAGUCCCUGGAGGUUUGCUCUUUUGCACCUACCAUUGUUUCUAAGAUUCGUCGAUGUCGUAAUAGCUAUGAUUCAUUCAUUUGCAUCUGUAUAAUAUUGCAGUAAAUACAUACAACACAACCGACUUAGCCAUUCACCUGUCGAGUAACAUUGGGCUGUUUCCAGGCUUUUGUUAUUAUACACAAUGCUGCUAUGAACAUUCUUGUACAUGAGUGCCUUUGUUUUUAGUAAGAUUUCUAAAGAGGUUUCUAAGAUUGUCCUCGGCGGUCCUUUUGGUCUGUGUACCCUCUGAGUUGGGGACUGUUGCCUCUUGUCUUACUUUAUGAAAGAGUUUACAUCAUAUUGAAAUGAACUGGUCUUGAAUGUUUGAUAAAACUUACCUAUAAAGCCAUCUGAGCCUUA